AGUCUAGUCGAAAGGGAGUUGACGUAAUCUUUUCAGUAAAUCAAGGUACUCUAUCUGUUCUUUUUUUUGCUUGUGUGCAGAUAUACGACCGCUUUUCAUCUGAACUGGAAAAUAACCUCAUCAAGGAAGCAACGAAUGCAGUGGAAGCCUGUCUGGUGGAGACUUAAACACUGCUAUAAUGGGUGUUUUUCAUAAAAGUGGGCUUGACCAAUUUUUUGCGAGCAUACUCUGAUGAACAAUAUUAUAUUUAAUUUGAACGCUUAUUUGUUUUCGCUACUUUUCUAUGGUCUUCGUUUCGAUCUUCAAAAGAGAGUAAUUUUUGGAAUCAUACUACUGGGUACUGGGUGAAAGUCCUAAACUGCUGCCAUGUCUGGGGCAUCUGUGAAAGUCGCUGUCCGAGUUCGUCCCUUUAACUCGAGAGAGACAAGCAAGGAGUCAAAAUGCAUAAUUCAGAUGCAAGGCAAUUCUACCAUUAUAUCCAACCCCAAGAACCCAAAGGACCCAGCAAAGUCCUUCAGCUUUGACCACUCCUACUGGUCCCACACUACGCCAGAGGACCCCACCUUUGCCUCACAGAGCCUUGUGUACAAUGACCUUGGCAAGGAGAUGCUGCAGCAUGCCUUUGAUGGCUACAACGUCUGCAUCUUUGCCUAUGGCCAGACCGGAGCUGGCAAGUCCUACACCAUGAUGGGCAGGCAGGAGGAAGGACAGGAGGGAAUCAUUCCCCUGCUCUGUGAAGAACUAUUUGAGAAAAUCAAUGACAACAACAAAGACGAGAUCUCGUUCUCAGUGGAGGUCAGCUACAUGGAGAUCUACUGCGAGCGGGUGCGGGACUUGCUCAACCCGAAGAACAAAGGGAACCUCCGUGUGCGAGAGCACCCCCUGCUGGGGCCCUACGUGGAGGACUUGUCCAAGCUGGCCGUCACCUCCUACAACGACAUCAACGACCUCAUGGACGCCGGCAACAAGGCCAGGACGGUGGCAGCCACCAACAUGAACGAGACCAGCAGCAGGUCCCACGCCGUCUUCACCAUCGUCUUCACGCAGAGGAAGUACGACAGUGAGACAGACCUCUCCACAGAAAAGGUCAGCAAAAUCAGUCUGGUGGACUUGGCAGGCAGUGAGCGAGCUGACUCUACUGGAGCCAAAGGCACCAGGCUAAAGGAGGGAGCCAACAUCAACAAAUCUCUGACCACAUUAGGGAAGGUCAUCUCUGCCCUGGCUGAGGUGGAUUACACUACCAGCAAGAGCAAGAAGAAGAAGAAGACUGACUUUAUCCCCUACAGAGACUCGGUUUUGACAUGGCUGCUUAGGGAGAACCUAGGUGGAAACUCCAGAACAGCCAUGGUAGCCGCCCUCAGUCCUGCAGAUAUCAACUAUGAUGAAACCCUCAGCACACUACGCUAUGCUGACCGGGCCAAGCAGAUCAAGUGCAAUGCCGUCAUCAACGAGGACCCCAACAACAAGCUUGUGCGCGAGCUGAAGGACGAGGUGACGCGGCUGAAGGACCUGCUCCGCGCCCAGGGCCUGGGAGACAUCCUGGACAUUGAGCCUAUGGGUGAUGAUUGCCCUGGAAGUGGAAGCAAAUACCUGAAAGACAUACACAACAAUAAGCAUAGAUACUUGCUAGCCUCAGAGAACCAACGCCCUGGCCAUUUCUCCACAGCCCCUAUCGGCUCCCUGACAGCCUCGCCGUCCUCUGGCUCGCUCUGCAGCCUAGUUGGCCCGCAGUCGGUCACCAGUAUCCAGGAGCGCAUCAUGUCCACCCCGGGAGGGGAAGAGGCCAUCGAGAGACUCAAGGAAUCUGAGAAAAUCAUUGCUGAGCUCAACGAGACCUGGGAGGAGAAGCUUCGGAAGACCGAGGCAAUACGAAUGGAGAGGGAAGCCCUGCUGGCUGAGAUGGGCGUGGCUAUCCGUGAGGAUGGCGGCACUCUCGGGGUCUUCUCUCCUAAAAAGACCCCUCACCUGGUCAACCUGAAUGAGGACCCAUUGAUGUCAGAAUGUCUGCUGUAUUACAUCAAAGACGGAAUCACAAGGGUGGGCCAGGCGGACACUGAGAGACGGCAGGACAUCGUUCUGAGCGGAGCCCACAUCAAAGAGGAGCACUGCAUCUUCCGCAGCGAGAGGAACGCCAAUGGAGACGUGGUUGUCCUGAUGGUGCCUUGUGAGGGAUCGGAGACCUAUGUCAACGGCAAGCGAGUUGGAGCGUCAGUGCAGCUUCGCUCAGGAAACCGUAUCAUCAUGGGGAAGAACCAUGUGUUUCGGUUCAACCAUCCAGAGCAGGCGAGGGCCGAGAAGGAGGAGAAGGAGAAGGAGACCCCAACAGCAGAGACCCCAGUAGAGCCAGUGGACUGGACCUUUGCCCAGAGAGAGCUGCUGGAGAAGCAGGGCAUCGACAUGAAGCAAGAGAUGGAGAAAAGAUUGACUGAGAUGGAGAUCUUGUACAAAAAAGAGAAAGAGGAGGCAGACCAACUUCUGGAACAGCAGAGACUGGUCUAUGAGAGCAAGUUGCAGGAACUUCAGAAACAGGUGGAGACCUGUUCACUGGCUGUGGAGACCCCCGACGAAGAGGAAGAUGAAGAUGAGGAAGAGGAGGAAAUCACCCACUCAUCAGAAAAGAUUGAUCAAGUGCCCUGGACACAGCAUGAGUUUGAGCUAGCGCAGUGGGCCUUCAGGAAAUGGCGGUACCAUCAGUUCACCUCGCUCCGCGACCAGCUGUGGGGCAAUGCGGUCUACCUGAAGGAGGCCAACGCCAUCAGUGUCGAACUAAAGAAGAAGGUGCAGUUCCAGUUUGUAUUGCUGACGGACACCCUGUACUCACCGCUUCCCCCGGAGCUGUCGCCCCCCGAGCUGGAGAAGGAGCGCGACUCACGCCCGUUCCCCCGCACCGUGGUGGCUGUUGAGAUACAGGACCUGAAGAAUGGCGCCACGCACUACUGGUCCCUGGAGAAGCUCAAGCAGAGGCUGGACCAGAUGAGAGAGAUGUACGACCGCGCCGGGGAAAUGGCUUCCUCCAAUCAGGACGACAACGAGGGGGCUCUGACUGGAAAUGACCCCUUCUAUGACCGCUUUCAUUGGUUCAAAUUGGUGGGGAGCUCCCCCAUCUUCCAUGGCUGCGUCAACGAGCAGCGGCUGGCCGACCGCACGCCCUCACCCACCUUCUCCACGGCCGACUCAGACAUCACAGAGCUGGCGGACGAGCGACAGAGCGAGAUGUCGGACUACUUGGACGACGAGGCGUUCGUGGACGACACCAGCUCAGACGCUGGCACCGAGGAGGGCUCGGAUAUCUUCAGCGACGGCCAGGAUCCCUUCUACGACCGCUCCCCCUGGUUCAUACUGGUGGGAAGAGCCUUUGUGUACCUGAGCAACCUGCUCUACCCCGUGCCCCUGGUCCAUCGUGUCGCCAUAGUGACGGAGAAGGGCGAUGUGCGUGGUUUCCUGCGUGUCGGUGUCCAAGCCAUCGCUGCCGACGAGGAGGCCCCAGACUACGGGUCAGGAGUGAGACAGUCGGGAACUGCCAAGAUAUCCUUUGACGACGAGUACUUCAAAAAGAAUGACUUUCCUUCCACAGUCAUGACCCACUCUGGCCUUUCUCUUGAGGAGCUGCGCUUCGUGGAGGGCCAGGGUCAGAGUUCAGAGAUCAUCACCCCCUCCGAGGAGCAGAACAGAAUCAAUGACAUGGACCUGAAGCUGGUUCAGGGGAACUUGGUUGACCCUAAGCUUAGUCGCGAAGAAGGACUGGCCGGCCAACUGGAGGUGGGCAGUAUCUUUACCUUCCGUGUGACCGUGCUCCAAGCCAGCGGCAUUCUCCCGGAGUAUGCCGACAUCUUCUGCCAGUUCAAUUUCCUCCAUCGUCACGACGAAGCCUUCUCCACAGAGCCUCUGAAGAACACUGGGAAAGGAACUCCUCUGGGCUUCUAUCACGUCCAGAAUAUUUCAGUGGAGGUGACUGAGUCGUUCAUUGAGUACAUCAAGACCAAGCCCAUCGUGUUUGAGGUGUUUGGUCACUACCAGCAGCACCCUCUGCACCUGCACGGUCAGGACCUCAUAAGUCCUCCUCAGGCUGCCAGGAAGUACUACCCUAUUCCAAUGCCCCUGUCUAAGCCAGUACCAGCCACCAAGCUCAACACCAUCAGCAAGUCCAACCUGGGCCAGUGUGUGAGCAAGUACGACCUGCUGGUGUGGUUCGAGAUCAGCGAACUGGAGCCCACCGGAGAGUACAUACCAGCUGUGGUGGAUCACAGUGGAGGACUGCCCUGCCAUGGAACCUACCUACUGCAUCAGGGGAUUCAGCGGCGGAUCACCGUCACCCUCAUCCACGAGAAGGGCAGCGAGCUCCACUGGAAGGACGUGCGUGAGCUGGUUGUUGGUCGGAUCAGGAACAAGCCAGAGGUGGACGACUCGGCAGCAGAUGCUGUCCUGUCCCUCAACAUCAUCUCGGCCAAAAAUAUCAAAUCAUCCCACAACGCUAACAGGACCUUCUACAGAUUCGAGGCUGUGUGGGACAGCUCUCUGCACAACUCCCUUCUGCUCAACCGAGUCACUCCCUACGGAGAGAAGAUCUUCAUGACCCUGUCUGCAUACCUGGAGCUCGACCACUGCAUUCAGCCUGCCAUUAUUACCAAAGACAUCUGCAUGGUCUUCUACUCCCGAGACGCCAAGAUCUCCCCUCCCCGCUCCCUGAGGAACCUCUUUGGAAGCGGCUACUCCAAGACCCCUGACUGCAACAGAGUGACUGGCAUCUAUGAGCUGAGCUUGUGCAAGAUGUCUGACACAGGAAGCCCAGGUAUGCAGCGGAGGAGGAGGAAGAUUCUGGACACUUCUGUGGCCUACGUCCGGGGAGAGGAGAACCUGGCUGGCUGGAGGCCCAGAGGAGACAGCCUCAUCUUGGAGCACCAAUGGGAGCUGGAGAAAAUGGAGCAGCUGCAUGAGGUGGAGAAGACGCGUCACCUGCUGCUGCUGAGAGAGAAGCUGGUGGAGACUGCUCCAGCUACAGGCCCUGGGGGGCCCACCAGCAAGUCCCUGAGCGAGUCACUGUCCCCUAGCAUGAGCAGCGGCACCCUGAGCACCUCCACCUCCAUCUCUUCCCAGAUCUCCAGCACCACCUUCGAGAGUGCAAUCACACCCAGCGAGAGCAGUGGCUACGACUCAGCUGACAUCGAGAGCCUGGUGGACCGCGAGAAGGAGCUGGCCACCAAGUGCCUUCGCCUUCUGACCCACACUUUCAACAGUGAAUACAACCAGGUGUGCAACAGCAUCAGUGACUGCAAGCUGUCAGACAUCUCCCCCAUGGGCCGUGACCCGUCGGUGACCAGCUUCAGCAGUGCCACCCUCACCCCCUCCUCCACCUGCCCCUCUCUGGCCGACUCCCGCUGUAGCUCCGUGGAUCAGAAGACCCCAGAGGCCAAUUCUCGCGCCUCCAGCCCCUCCUGCUCGGACUAUGAGAACUUCCCCAUGGUGCCCACCCUGGAGACGUCUUAUCUGGCUCGAGCCGGCAAAAACGAGUUCCUCAACCUGGUGCCCGACAUCGAGGAGAUGAGACCAGGGUCUGUGGUGUCCAAGAAGGGUUUCCUGAGCUUCAUGGAGCCGCGGUCCAACUCGUGGGUGAAGCACUUUGUGGUGGUGCGCCGGCCCUACGUGUUUAUCUACAACAACGACAAGGACCCGGUGGAGAGGGGAGUGCUCAACCUGUCCACUGCCCAGGUGGAAUACAGCGAGGACCAGCAGGCCAUGCUCAAGACACCCAACACAUUCGCUGUGUGCACAAAGCACAGAGGGAUCCUGCUCCAGGCCAACAAUGACAAAGACAUGAACGACUGGCUAUACGCCUUCAACCCGCUUCUAGCGGGAACAAUAAGGUCCAAGUUGGCGAGAAGGCGCUCUGGUCUGCUGAAGAACUGAUAGUUUGUCUGUGUGCAGGAAAACAUGGCUCCUAUUCUUCAGACUAGCCUUGGAACACACACCAAGUGUUAACACUUAUUAACCAUUGUGAUUCUUGACGGUUUUCUCUUGUAUGUAGACUUGUGGCUUAAGUCUCCUCUCAAGCAACUAAAAGUUUCAGUUCCUGAAAAUCUGCUUACCCCCCCCUAUCCAACCCUCCAACACCCCCAACUCUCCCCCCUCUCUAUUUCCCUCUCCCAGCCUCUCGUGUUUUCGUUUGGGAUUCGUUUUCGUGUUUUGUUUUGCUUUGUCGUCAUUACCCCUCCCUGACCCCUCUAACUAGUAGCAUGUCGUAAUAGUCUACUUGUAUGUGCACGAUUCUUCAGAAACAGGUUCUGACCACUCUCUUUAAGUUUACUAAUUGUCUGUAAAGAUUGUCUUUAUCAGUGUUAGCUGUCUAUCAAGAAUAUUUUAUUUUAUGCGCCUGCAUGACAACAGCAGCAUUCCUCAGGAGAAGACCAGGUUUGCUUAUUUUACACACCAAAAAAAAUCACAAAUAUGACAGUUAAAAAACUACUGGGAAACAAAAAAGAUGAGGAACUACAUGAGAAAUAUCUGUUUAUGCUCUCCAACAGAAAGCACCGCUGGUUCAAGAACUAUUGCUGCUAGGGAAAACAGGUUUUCAGUCUACGAGACUUUGCGUUGGGCCUCUGCCCCUCUUAAAGUAUAAUCUAGCCCUCAUACACCCCCCACUCCCCUGAAUUUUUGUGUGAAAUAUCGAAUGGGAAAACAACAAUUGUUGGUAAAGAUUGCCAUUUUCAGUUAGACAUUACUGCAGCAUUGGAGAAACACUAUUGUUAUCCACGUGGUAUCCAUGUCCCACUGUUUUGACCUCUGUAUACACAAAUCCACCCCAAAUUUAAGCAUUGCUCUCUGUCUACCUGCAAGGACUUUCAAAGCGAUUUGGCGUUAGGAGUAUGACAUUAGAAAUACAACUUGCGAAAUAAACACGAUUCAGUAAUGAAAAUAUUAAAUUGGACUAUUCCCAUGAAAAUACAUUACUGAACACCCCUCUACUCUUUUGCCAGUUCAGCUGUCCUUGAUAUCUCAAUCACUGAAUAGAUAGAUAAUUAGAGCAGGAAUAUACCAAGUCACCGAUAGAGGGAGGAGGAGGGGGGACAGUACUGUGAGGAGAAUGUCAUUUGUACAUAAUGUUCCAGGAUCCUUGUGCUAGUCGCCUCUCAUUAAGGAUUUAAAAGACAUUCCUCUUAGAAUUUGUUAGUCUUACUCUUAGUGCUUUUCCUACACUGCUCUAUGUAGGUUCAUGGCUAUUCGGCUCACAUAGCCACACUGGACCUCAGCAUUUAUUCAGUGUUUUAUCAUCGCAUCCUUGUGUAACAACUAAAGACAUAACACAGUGCAAACGAAGGAACCAAGGGAACUAAGUAGGGUUGAAUAGCCUUGACCCCCUUGAUAGUUAUUUGGUGAAGGUUGUAGUGUGUUGCCUUGCAGAAAUAGACCAGGUGAUAGCCUGUAUCUGGUCCAUUCACUCUCAUGAAAACCAUCAGGUACUGUGUUUCUUCGGGUGAAAUGGUGAACGAACAGGGUGGGGGAUUUCCCACAGAAUCCCAUACAUUUUGCUUUUGUUAUUCUUUCUUGAAUCUAAACCUAAUUAACUCAGCUAACUACUCAUAAGUUAUUUUUUUAUUAGCACUGUUGAUUAUUUUAUACUAUGCGGUCAUUCCAUAAUGGAUUUUGAUAUGAAAAAAUGGAAGAAAUGCGAAAGGAGUGAAGUUUUAUCCAGCUAUGUUUUAACAUUAUUUUGCACAUUUACAUAUAACUAUAGCAAGACUAUAGAGCAGACCAGACAUAUUCAAGCCAAGAUUGAUUGAAUCUUAGCGCCGGCAGUAAAUACGAGGUCUUCUAACGUAAGUAUUGAUAAGAAAGUGACGGUUGAUGGGUUACCACCCAGCUAACACAGAACGUAUCACAACCUAAAAAAACAAAAGUUCCCGUAAUAUUCUGGGAACCAAAAAUGUGUUAGCUGGGCAGUGUGCAUGAUGAUGUGUUGAGUAUCUCUGAGACUGCUAAUGUUUACUAACUAUAGACCACUGUCUGGGCUCAAAGGGAUAGAAUAUGCUCUGAUGCUUUUUUCUGAUAUUAUUUCUGGAAAUAUUUGUUCUGCUCGUCACGAUAGGUCAACUGCGGCCACACGUUUUAGGUCACUCCAAAUUAUUAUGAAGUGACAUUAAAAUGGGGGCUCUGUCUCUACAUUUGGUUGCUUUGUACUGUACGUAUGUAAAGAAUGGAAUAUUCAGAGGGCUAUGAGAUGGCUCUGGCCAACCAACCAGUAGUUACAUUUGCCCUCGGCACGCUGAAAAGAUGAGUUGAAGUUUGAGUGUGUAGAGACAGUGACAAUUGUGGACAACCCUCUGUGUUUGGGGCUUCAUAAAGUUAUUGCUAAAAUUAGGACGACAUCAUUUUUCAGUUUGGAAAUUCAUCGACAACAUUUUCUCAGAACAUAUGAAAAUCGCUGAAAGACAUUCUGCCCUCAGGUCAACCAACCUAUAGCAGGGCAGAUAGAAAAACCUUUGGCUCGUUGUUGGAUUGUUACUUUAAGAGCUGCAGAAAUGGUUCUCCAUGUCAGGGUAUCCGUACUGAAAAAUGAUCAGUUGUAGGAGGACAAGCUUUCCUCAACCUCCAAGAUUACAGAGCAGCCUCUAUGCACUGAUCAAAAGCAAAGUUUACCUCCCAUUAACUUCACUGUAUUGAAUAAUGACAUGUAUGAGCUAAUAUUAACAUAUUGAUAUGAUUACCUGUCAAAGCAAAGAUUUCCACUUGGCAACUAAUCUAUAUGAUAGAUAUUAUUAUGGAUUGUUUCAUCUGUAUUUAUCGUUUUGCAAUGUAUAUAUUAGUUUGCAGCUCUUUGCACAGAAUAAUAAAAGGUAUAACUAACUGAUCAAAUAAAGUCUGCUCAAUUUCAGUUGUUUCACUACAAAUGAACCAAAUGAUGGCGUGCAGCAUUUGCAAGCGGAGGCAGUUUGAAGAGAAAGUUGAAUGUACUAUCAGGAUGUUGCUGUGUAUUAUUUCCAUUAUCAAAAAGGAACUAAAAUGGUAACCCAUUUGAGCCCAGUUGUAGGGAGAUGGGUCACUUUAGUGCUUACUUUUAGAAAGUAGUCUGAAAUAAGUUUGCUUUUGAACUUAAACCAUAGAAGUGAUAGCUAGCCAUCUAGAAUGUUGCAGUUGCGCUUUUUGUUAUUUCUUGUUUGUUUUUCUAAUAUCAGGGAGUAUAUUAAGAAGUAGCUAUUGUUGUUAGGCAUCCAAAAUUACAGUAUACCAUUGUUUCUCAAGAUGUCUUCACCUCAACGCUUUCCCAUGCUGCCUUUAAAACAAAACUAGCCAUGAUAUUUUGCAUCUUCCCCACUGACCCCAGUCAGAAGACUUAUUUGUUUUUAACUGACAUUCCUUCUGAUUUGUUCACAAAAAUGACAAACCACGACAUUAUCACUGUACAUUAUUUGUCAGAUUGGCUUCAUUUUCAUACUUAUUUUGUAAAUAUCUGUGUUGUAUGGGGCUUGAAUUAAAAUGUAAAUAUGUUUCCUGUAUUUGUAAUAAUCAUAAUCCAUUCGCUGUAUAGCCUAGAUGUGUCAUGCAGAUGUUCUAAUUCUGUGUAUGGUAAUCUUGCACCAUUGAGCUGUUUAGUGAAUGAGGUAACAAUAAAAGUACAACAACCCGUGCAUAAGCAGAAUAAA